AUGGCCGCCCGACUUGAAAAAGGCAAGGAGUUUUAUAUCUCAAUGAUGCUAGAAGGUUCGAUGGAGGACAAAAAAGCGACUUUUAAAGAAUUACUUACUAGUGUUAAAGGCCCAGAGGGAAAUGCAGCGAUCAAAUGGGAGCAUUGGUUGAGAAUGCCGGAGUGUGGCCAUCUAUUCACGGAUAUGUGGUCAUGCGUAGUACAUUUUUUUAGUAAAGAACUAAGUGUAGCAUUUGCACCAAAACAUGCGGUUUGUGUGGAGAAGCUCAAGUAUAGAAGAAUUUUUAUGGAUUUAGUGGAUAAUAAUCAUUUUAUUGGUCUACAACUCAACAAAGAAUGUCCAUUACCUCCUCUUUGUAGGUUUAGUUUUUGGGAAGAAUUCAUAUUCAACAAGAGAAAGGAAUGGAUGAAACUUUAUGAAGACAACAUGCACCUUUGGAAUGCUUUAGAUGAGUCUAAGGAAUGUCCUAUAGAUUUGACUAAAGGAGGUUCAAUAGAUUAG